UAUCCUCUCCUCUUUUCGAAAGACUGGUCCGAUAUAGAAAUUCGCCAUCGCUUAAUCUAUCCUUGUCUGACUCGUCGCCGCCACCGAUCUUCACCCCACUAAUAAGCGGCCUAGCGUCCAGGUCCGCGAUCGCAAUAUCGCAACUUGGAGAUUUCGCAGCUCCAACUUUUUCUUAUUUUUGCAAACUUGUCUUCUCUGUCUUCCUCUCUAUAAAUUCAGCCAGCAAUAUCUCCCACAACCGCCAUCGCCAUCGCCAUCGCCAUCGCCAUCGCCAUGCCUCGAAAAUUGUCGUUUCCAACCUCUUCCUCCACCCUCUCUCUCGCCUCCUCCGCCGCUGGCACUCCCGUAACUCCAACCUUCAGCUCUACGCCAUCAGGUCUAUCAUCAACUCCCAUAUCGGCAACCCCCUCUCCCUUUCCGCGCGCCGAUCUGCCUGCCUCACUGUGUGAUCCUUCACUGCCGUUCCCACGACUCAUCGUCUUUGACCUGGACUACACGCUCUGGCCGUUCUGGGUAGACACGCAUGUCACCCCGCCGCUGAAGAUCAACGCUACGCAUACCGGCGCCACGGACCGCACAGGCGAGGAUUUUGCGUUUUACGGCGAGGUGCCCGAGAUAUUAGCCGUGCUGCCAUAUCUCAAUGGCCCGAACAAGAUAAAACUGGGCGUGGCGUCGCGGACGAGCGCCCCGAGUUUGGCCCGCGAGCUGCUCAAGGGAAUGCACAUUCCGCCAACGGCAUCCUUCCAGGACGAGGAAGCCGGCGGCAGUAGUAGAAAGUCGUCGGCGCUGGCGAAGAAGAAGGUAUCGAUUGAUGUGUUUGAUGGAGGACUGGAGAUAUACCCCGGAAGUAAAAUCAAGCAUUUCGAGGCCUUGCAGAAGCGAACGGGCAUUCGAUUCGAAGAUAUGCUGUUUUUCGAUGACGAGUCGAGAAAUCGAGAGACGGAGCAGUUGGGCUUGACGAUGAAGCUGGUUGUGGAUGGAGUUACGUGGGAAGAGAUUGGGCAGGGAAUAGAGCUAUGGAGAAGCAGAAGGGGGAGGGUUUAAUAGAGCAAGAGAAAGAAUAUAUAUAUACAUACAUGCACAUGCACACAUAUAUACACCACAGCUACGUAUAGAGUAUGGAGAUUUGGAAGGGCAGCUAGAACAUAGAGGAAACAAUCGAGCAAUCAAAUAGUCAUCAUUCAGGCAUAUUGAAUCCAUUUCCCCAAACCAAGCCCUAUCAAAAAUUAUCCACACCUGUGUAAGAAAAUAAAUCAACCAUUCUCCGCAGAUAUUUGGUAUAUUCCAAGUCCAGUUAUAUAUUCCCAACCCAGUUAACAUUAAUACUCCUCACUUCCCCAUCCUCGUCUUAUCCAACGUGACCAAGUUUCCUCCUCUUCUCCUCUCAAAGACGAAGAUGAUGAAAGUUUAAAAAAAAGAAAAAAAAUCUCCAACAAUGUCAAAACCACGCAAAUCGUCUGUCUCCCUCUA